AUGAAGACCUUCGCUUUCCUGUGUGCUGCUGCGCUCGCAGCUGUGCCCCUGGCGAAGUCGGAACAAUGCAGAAUGGCCGACCGGGCCAACCACGACCUUCUGCAACCGUUCCCUGAGCCGAAGCCUACGACCGCUUCCGAGAUCGCGGCCAUCCAGUUCAAACCGACGCUCUACAUCGAGCACGGAUGCCACCCGUACCCUGCGGUGAACGCACAGGGAAACACCAGCAGUGGUCUAAAGCCGACGGGGCCCCCUGACGGCAGGUGCAAGAAACCUCCGCUCGGGAGCCAGAUCUACGCGCGCGCAGACUGGUACGACGACCAAUGGGGCAUGAUAUUCGCCUGGUUCUUUCCGAAAGACUCGGUGAGUCCGGGUAUAGGCCACCGCUACGACUGGGAAUGGGUUGUCGUGUGGAUCAACAACCCCAGUGUUUCCACGCCGAUACUGAAAGCAGUGACGACGGUGGAGUCUGACGGGCAGACGAGAACGGAGCGCAUCGAGGCUGAUCAAAUGAGCCCGAAUGGCCCCAAAUUCGAGUACGACAUCGAGGACAACCGACACUACAUCGAAUUGUCUGACAAAGAUGGUGAAAGUCAACCCCUGAUCAUGUGGCACCAGAUGACUCCCGAGGCCCAAUGCGCGCUCAACAAUGCCAGAUGGAACAAAGACCGGCUGAUGCCCCUGGCCGAUGACGUCUUCAGAUUCAACCUGGCUAACGCUUACCACGCAGAUCUGGACUCCAGCGCUUAA